AUGGCGGCCACGACGCAUCCUUCCGCGUGGAAGCCCACGGAUUCAUCUACAGCGGAAGAUUAUCUGUACGAGGCCCUCAAGCCCGACUUUGUCAGCAGUAUGAUGCGAGGAGGCUACGUGUACCCCAGCACCGACAUGAAGAUCGGAAUUAGUGGCGAUGGCGAUGCAGAAACGUCCAGCGGGGAGGCCGAUGACGAGGCGGUGCCGAUCUUCAAAAACUUCGACGCUGGCUCGGGAAAGGCGUACCUCGUCAUGUCUGAUGGCAAGCACGUGGAGGCCACUUACGUGGAAGGGGUCAACGGACGCAUUGUUGCCAAGUGGCCGAAGUACGCUGAUGAGAUUGAGCUGGAGUUGCCAAAUUCUUCCUUGGUGGAUGGAAAGUUGGAGUAUACGCCUGCAAACCCAAAAGGCAAACCGGCCGUGGACCCCAAGGUCGCCAAGAAGGCGAAGAUCGAGAAGAACGUCAAGCGCAUUCCAGAGGUAACCGAACCGUUCAAGUUCGAGAUCUGCAGCGAACCCCUAUGUUUCUACAUAUGCAACUUGUCGGAAUUGCCGUCCACUGACGUCCCAGCGGACAUCGAGCCAAUUCUGAAAGACAGGACCAUCAACGCCAAAGGCGGGUUGCAGAUUGCGUUUGGCGACGACCCUGCCGUGUCAUUCCGUGCCGCUGAGUUUGUCGCGCAACGGUCUCAG